CUCCCAGCUAAGUACAGGAGUGGACAUUACGUGUCAAAAGUUAAAUUUCCAAGUGACGCAACGGAUUCUACAUUAUUGUACAUCAGCAUUCUUUCUAUUUAUCCAAACCAUGUCCCUCCUGCAAAUCCGUUUAAAUAUGCAUCUCUUCCCUCCCUUCCUUUAGAUCCAAACGAAGGCAAGUAG